UAGUACUUCCUGUUCCCCAGCUCAGCCUGGCUGCCUGCCCCGGGCUGCAGUGACCCACAGCUGAUGACCCCGAGGGGCUGCGCCGCGGACGCGGUCAGGCUGUAGGGAGCAGGGCGCCAGGCAGCGCGGCGGGUGAGUGGGGGUGCGCGCAGCCUGCGUCGGGCCGAGACUGUCUCCUGUCUCAGGAUGCCUGGGAAGGAGGAGGAGCAGGCCUUCCUGGAAGCCCGCGAGGAGCUGGCGAGCGCUCUGAGAAAAGAUUCGGGACAGACGUUUGCCCUGGAGCAGCUGUGGCCGCUGCUGGUUACCUCGCUGCCGCCAGCCGCCCGCUACCUGCAGCUGGACGCUGCACGCCUGGUUCGCUGCAACGCUCACGGGAAGCCCCGCAACUACCUCAGCACCCUGUCCACGGCCCUGAACAUCCUGGAGAAAUACGGCCGAAACCUGCUCAGCCCUCAGCGACCCCGGUACUGGCGCGGAGUCAAGUUUAAUAAUCCCGUCUUCCACAGUACGGUGGAUGCUGUGCAGGGGGGCCGGGAUGUCCUGCGAUUGUAUGGCUACACGGAGGAGCAGCCAGAUGGCCUGAGCUUCCCCGAGUCCCAGGAGGAGCCAGACCAUCACCAAGUUGCUACUGUCACACUGGAAGUCCUGCUGCUUCGAACGGAGCUUAACCUGCUGUUACAGAAUACCCACCCAAGACAGCAAGCGCUGGAGCAGCUGCUGAAUGACAAGGUUGAAGAUGAUAUGCUGCAGUUCUCAGAGUUUGCCCCUCUACUGAGAGAGAUUGUUCCUGCCUCCCUCACUACACCCUCCGCCCCAGGUCCCACUCCAGGCCCCUGCUUCCUCUGUGGUUCCGCUCCUGGAACACUGCACUGCUCAUCCUGCAAACACACCUUGUGCUCAACUUGUGACAGUCUGUUCCACAGCCACCCAUCCUGUGCUCUUCACCUCCGCCAGACUCUGCCUGCCAUCUCCCAAGCUCCCCAGCUGACCCCUAGCUUGCCAGUCUCAGCUCCAGCACGGCCUCAGUCAACCUCCCUGCUGGUCCUGGGAGACAAUUCUCUUUCUUCCCCUGAUCCCUCAAUCACCCGUCUACCCUGGCAGUGCGCUGCUUGUGCCAUGCUAAAUGAACCUUGGGCAGUGCUCUGUGCGGCCUGUGAGCGGCCCCGAGGCUGUAAGGGGUUGGGGCUGAGGGUCGAGGCUCCCCAAGGAGCUGGAAGCCAAGAACCUGAGCUCCCACGGGAACGCUGGGCCUGCCAGAGCUGUACUUUUGAGAACGAGGCUGCAGCUGUGCUGUGCGCCAUGUGUGAGCGACCUCGACUGGCUCAGCCUCCCAGCUUGGUGGCAGAUUCUCAGGAUGCUGAUGUUUGCCUGCAGCCCCACCAGGAGAAUGCUUUGCUUUCUUCUGCCCAGACUCGAGUCUGGUCCUGUGUGCACUGUACCUUCUGCAACUCGGGCCCUGGAUUGGUGUGUGCUAUGUGCAAUCGGACUGGCAGUUCCAUCCCAGGACAUCACACCCCCUGUCCCCAAGCUAAAUCUUUGGAGGAGGGACUCAGAGAACCAGGGCCUUCACGAUGCCUCAGUGCCCCACCACCCAGUUUUUGUGGAGACCUCGAGAAGCAACACCAAGACAAAAUGCGGGAACAGGGCCUUCAGCUAGUGAAGAAGAUUCGGGAAGGAGAAGCCGCUGGUGCCUGUCCCGAGGAGGUCUUCUCAGCACUGCAGUACUCGGGGACUGAGGUGCCCCUGCAGUGGCUACACUCCGAGCUGCCCUACGUGCUGGAGAUGGUGGCCGAAGUGGCUGGCCAGCGGGCCCCUGCACUGGGCGCCUUUUCCUGUCAGGAGGCCCGGAAAGCCUGGCUGGAUCGUCACGGCAAUCUCGAAGAAGCUGUGGAAGAGUGUGUGAGAGCCCGGCGUAGGAAGGUGCAGGAGCUCUGCUCCCUGGGCUUCCGGCCGGAGGAGGGCUCUCUCCAAGCAUUGUUCCAGCAUGGGGGUGACGUCGCCCGCGCCUUGACUGAGCUACAGCGCCAGCGCCUAGAGCCUUUCCACCAGCGCCUCUGGGACACUGGCCCUGAGACCACCCCUUCGUGGGAUGGACCAGACAAACAGAGCUUGGUCAGACGACUGUUGGCAGUCUAUGCACUCCCCAGCUGGGGCCGGGCAGAGCUGGCACUGGCGCUGCUGCAGGAGACGCCCAGGAACUAUGAACUAGGGGACGUGGUGGAAGCCGUGAGGCACAGCCAGGACCGGGCUUUUCUGCGCCGCUUGCUCGCCCAGGAGUGCGCUGUGUGUGGCUGGACCCUGCCCCGCAACCGGAUGCAGGCCCUGACUUCCUGUGAGUGCACCAUUUGUCCUGACUGCUUCCGCCAGCACUUCACCAUUGCCCUGAAGGAGAAACACAUCACAGACAUGGUAUGCCCUGCCUGUGGCCGCCCGGACCUCACUGACGACACACAGUUGCUCAGCUACUUCUCGACCCUCGACAUCCAGCUUCGGGAGAGCCUGGAGCCAGAUGCCUAUGCGCUGUUCCACAAGAAGCUGACCGAGGCUGUGCUCAUGCGGGACCCUAAGUUCUUGUGGUGUGCCCAGUGCUCCUUUGGCUUCAUAUUUGAGCGUGAGCAGCUAGAGGCAACGUGUCCUCAGUGUCACCAGACCUUCUGUGUGCGUUGUAAGCGCCAGUGGGAGGAGCAGCACCAAGGCCGGAGCUGUGAGGAUUUCCAGAACUGGAAACGCAACAAUGACCCAGAAUACCAGGCCCAGGGCCUGGCCAUGUACCUCCAGGAAAAUGGCAUCGACUGCCCCAAGUGCAAGUUCUCGUACGCACUGGCCCGAGGAGGCUGCAUGCACUUUCACUGUACGCAGUGCCGCCAUCAGUUCUGCAGCGGCUGUUACAACACCUUCUAUGCCAAGAACAAAUGUCCAGACCCUAACUGCAGGGUGAAAAAGUCCCUCCACGGCCACCAUCCCCGAGACUGCCUCUUCUACCUGCGAGACUGGACGGCUCUCCGGCUGCAGAAGCUGCUGCAGGUCAGGGCCAGCCAGCCUGACCGCUCAGAGAGGAGGCAGGGUGCAGGGUGGCAAAAAGGGCAAGGACUCCCAGCAGAGGGACAGCCAGGGAAAGCUAACACACCCUCAUCUGCCCCUCCUCAGGACAAUAACAUCAUGUUCAACACAGAGCCCCCAGCAGGGGCCCGGGCAGUCCCUGGAGGUGGCUGUCGAGUGAUGGAGCAAAAAGAAGUUCCCAACGGACUCCGGGAUGAAGCUUGUGGCAAGGAGACUCCCACUGGCUAUGCCGGCCUCUGCCAGGCACACUACAAAGAGUACCUCGUUAGCCUCAUCAAUGCCCACUCACUGGACCCGGCCACCCUGUAUGAAGUGGAGGAGCUGGAGACGGCUGUGGAGCGCUACCUGCACGUGCACCUCCAGCCGCUGGCUGGGGAGGAGGCCCCCAACUACCAUGCCCGCUUGUUACAGAAGCUGACCGAGGAAGUGCCUUUGGGACAGAGUAUCCCCCGCAGGAGGAAGUAGCUGAGGGCAAGGCCCUGGCAAGGGUGCCAUUGACUCCCUCAGGAACAGCGCCAGCACCAAUAAAGAGGCAUCUCCUUG